GAAAGGAAAAAGCAUAAGGAAAUGUUCACUGCAACAGAGGUUCACUGAUCAUCUAGACCAUCAACUUUAAGUUUUGAUGAUCAUAACCACAAACAUGCUGAUCAAGACAUUGAUGUAUUCCAUGAUGUUCCUCAUGACAAGUCAAACUCUGGCCUUUAAGAUUUUGUGGUCAAAUUCAAAGAAGCAUCAGGACAUAACCCGUGAUGCAAUUUUACAGACAACAGCCGAUAUCUGCAGAUUGCGAGCGUUACAAGAGGGACAAAGUUUUGUUCUGGCAGGUGAACCGACAGUAACUUCAGUGGCAAGAGGGUGUUACUCAUCUGAUUCAGUCAAAGAUUUUCAAAGGAGCAUUGAUACAAUAAGUAAAUGCAAUUCCUGGGUUGACAUUAGGCAUCCUUUUACUGGAAGUUACCAUUUUGACAAUGAGGAGUUUUUAGCUGGAUGGAAUCUUAUUACUAAAGGAGUUUCUGCUGUCAAAUACAGUAUCAAGCAGCAGAGUUAUCAAGCUGCCAGAGAGGCACUUGGUAAAAUCCUACACACUUUGCAGGAUUUCUACAGUCAUAGUAACUGGAUUGAACUAGGAAACAGAGAACCUUAUUCCACCCUGAUUAAACCAGACACCCCAAUUAACAACAUAGCAGAUUCAGCAACCUGCAGGCCUUGUAAUGGCAAAGACUGUACAGGAAACAUCCUGGAAGAGAUCAUUGCACAGAAGAAAUUAACAUCAGGAUAUUUUGGUUUCUCAAAACCAAAAGGAAAAUGCAGUCAUGGAGGAAUAAUUGAUCCAUCAAGUUGGUGGCAAGGUGGAAUAAAUAAGGAUGCUUCCGAUUCCAGCCAUGGUCAUCUACAUGAAGUGGCAGCAUCGGUAGCCACUGCUGCUACCAGAGAGCUACUGCAAGACAUUAGAGCAGCAGUUGGAGAUUCUGAGUUUCUUAGACUGAUGGGACUCAGCCAGACGUCAGUGCUGUGUUUUGUUAUCGACACCACUAGCAACAUGUCUGAAGACAUUGACGAAGUCAGGAGAGUUACUUCAUCCAUCAUUGACAGUAAAACAGGCACUGCAGCUCAACGUUCAGAAUACAUCCUGGUACCAUUUAAUGACCCUGAUUAUGGCCCACUUUCAAGAACAACUGAUCCUAAUGUAUUUAAAAAGCAACUCAAUGCACUUACAGCUGCUGGUGGAGGAGAUUCUCCUGAAAUGUGUCUCUCAGGACUUCAGCUCGCCAUCACUGGAUCUCCAACACAGACUGAGAUUUUUGUUUUCACCGAUGCUGAUGCAAAAGAUAAAUGGUUGAGAAAUACUGUACAAGCCCUUAUUGAGAGAACAAAGUCUGUAGUGACUUUUAUGCUAACCAACUCCGUUAGUUCUCAGCAUCGCAGAAGGAAUGACGAGAUUGCAAAUGGCCAGCAGCAAGUUUCUCAGGUUUUCAAUUCUCAGGUCUACCAGGACCUGGCUCAGGCCUCUGGGGGCCAUGCUAUUGAGGUCACCAAAGAAACACUGUCCCAAGCUACUAACAUUAUUGCAGUUACCUCUAGAUCUACACUGGUCACUCUAUUCCAGGCUAUAAGAAAUACAGCAAAAGUGGAAAUCUUCUCAGUCUUUGUGGAUUCUUCUGUGCAAAACCUGACCAUUUUCAUCACAGGCAACUCUCCAGAUUACACCAUCACUAGUCCCUCAGGAAUCUCACAGAGCAGCACUGAACUGAUUGGGGCGUUGGGGCUUAUUCAGAGAGUUGGUAACUUUCACACAGUGCAACCAAAUAUUUCAGACCCCACUGGAUUGUGGCUUUUCAGUGUUAAAUCAACACAGCUCUACACCAUCAGAGUUGUUGGUCAAAGCGAGGUUGAUUUCCUGUUUGACUUUGUAGAACUUUCCCAGGAGUUUCAUUCAAGCUAUGCUGUAUUAAACAGCAGGCCUGCAGCUAACACCAAUAUCACGUUGAUGGUAUCCAUGGUCGGUGGGGACAGUCUGAGGCCUACAAAGGUGUCUCUGGUGGAAGCCUCAAGUUCAAACUCUUUAAAUGGAACACUAGAAGAGGUAGCUAGUGGGCAGUACUUAGUGACCUUCAACAGCAUCCCAGCAGGAGAGUUUACUGUUCGUGUAGAUGGACAGAUCAGUUCUUCUAGAUCUUCAAAUAACACCUUUCAGAGACAGUCACCAACUCAAUUCCAAACAUCAAGUGUGACCAUUACUACUCAACCUGUUGGAACAAUUGAACCAGGAAAACCAUUCACUCUGCCUUUUACAGUGGAAACCAGCAGCUCUGGAGGAAGCUUUAAUAUCAGAGUCAGCAAUGAUCGCAAUUUUGACACCCACUUUAACACAUCCAUAACUCUCGAGAGUGGGGGCAGUGCGAAUGGUGCAGUAACUCUGACUGUUCCUGAAAAUACUUCCUCUGGAACUGAUGUCACUCUGACGAUUGAAGCUGAAGAAAUGGAUGGAGGUGAUUCCAAUUACAUUGUGCUGCGCCUUGCUAUUGUUGCUCCGGUAACAGACAUUACUCAUCCACUAUGUGAGGAGGUUACCAUAAAUGCUGACUGUUCAGUGAACUGCAGCCUUUCCUCAUGGUACCUCACUGCCAAAAUGACUGAUGGGUCAGGUAUUCAAAGUGUGAGAGUCCUCCAGGGAAAUGGCACACUCAUCACCACCACUGUUCUCAGUGACACAGGGAUGAAUGUCACGAUGGUAGUCUACAACUCAUCUUGCUGUUUCCGAGAGUUGGAACUGGUUGCUGUGGAUGCAGUGGGAAAUGUUGCCACCUGCUUCAAAUCUCUGAGAGCUAGAGCUGCUCCAGGCGGCUUCACUUAUGAUGCAGAAUUUCUCUUGAUUUUGCCUGCUUGUCUUUGGCUAAAUAUUGGAGCCUCUGUUUACCAAUUUAUGCAGCUCUAAGAAAUCUGCAUAUUUGGGCCUAUAUAAUACUAAUUCUGUAAUUAUUUUUUACAUUACGCAGUAAAAUGGUAGGUUUGUUAAAGAAAGAGAUAUAAAGAGGGUUUUAUAAUACAAGUUUAAAAUAUAAGUAAGUUCUUAAAUGACUGGGAAAUGUCAUGUACAUGCAAGAUUUUUAAAAAUACAUUUCUAUUACAAUGUAAUAUCUACAUGCAGCAUAGGUUUUCAGGUUUCAGGUUCUAGUUGUACUUAAUCUUGCAGGUUCUAGUAUAGAAUUAAUGUUUGCAGUUGUAAUUAUGUAAACAUAAUUAAAAUGUAAGUGCAUGUAUGUAUGAAUGUAAGUUUUAAUUAAACUGAAUUACAUGCUGGCACCUUAUAUACAACAAGAUUUACAGAUGACGAUGACGAUGAUCGGAUGUUACUUAACUCAUACAAGGUUAUUUGAGCCAUGUUUUGCACAUACAGUCCCCUCCAAAACUAUUGGAGCGGCAAGGACAAUUCAAUUGUUUUCCUGUAGACUGAAGAACUUUCGGUUUGAGAUCAAAAGUUAAAUACGAGCAGAGAGUUUAGAAUUUCAGCUUUUAUUCCCUGGUAUUUAUAUGUAGAUGUUUUAAACAACAUAGAACAUAGUACAUUUUGUUUCAGACCACCCAAUUCAAAAGCGAAAAACAUGUGGCUAUGUCAAGAUCACGAGAAAAUUAAGUCGUGAUCACGAGAAAACAACAGAAAAAAAAUUAAUAAUGCAU